AUGUCGACCAUUGAUGCUAUCAACGAUGUUACCAACGGAGCUCGCAACGAGCAUCAUGUUCACGAUGAUAACGACAUUACUCACGAGGAGUAUGUCCAUGUUAAUGGCCAUGAGGAAAGGAUGGAACGAUUGGAAAAUGUGAGUGCAAUGUUGGCCGAAUUAGUCCAUGAUUCUCGGAAAAAGAAAGAUGUUAGUGGGAACGAGAGCGCAACGAUGUUCAAGAACUUUUCGUCGCUUAACCCACCGUCCUAUGAUGGCAAGCCCGAUCCAGUUGAGUUCGAGGAUUGGAUAAGUCGCAUUGAUCAGUUGUUUGAAACCCUGCAAUGCCCUGAGAAAUGGAGAGUUGAUUUCGCAGUGUUCUACUUGACGGGUCAAGCAGGAUUAUGGUGGAAAGUUAACAAGGAACGAAAGAAUGGGUCUGGAUUUGGUUGGAGACCUUGUAUAAGGAUUGCCCUAUCAUAA